AUGGCAGACGCGACGAUAACAGAAGCCUCUCUCAAGAGCGCUCUGGCCGAGCGCCUCGGCGCCACGCAUGUAGAGGUCACCGACAUGUCCGGCGGCUGUGGCCAAUCCUUCACCUCCCUCAUAGUCUCGCCCAAGUUCUCCGGCCUCAACUCGCUCAAGAGGCAUCGCGCCGUAAACGCGGCGCUCAAGGACGAAAUCGCCGCCAUACAUGCCUGGAGCGCAAAAUGCCAGACCCCGGAGGAGUGGGAGAGGGACAAAGCCAAGAGCGGCGGCGAAUCCAAGCCCCCGAUGGACGGCACCGUGGGCGGCCAGGUGCAGGGUGUCGACGCUUGA